AUUACCGGUGCGUAUGAUGUUCGUUGCAGCCCGCUGUUUUAGAAACGUCCUAGCUCUCACGCUUGCUGCCCAUUCCCUUCGCCCUCAAAUUAGCAUAGCGGCCGAGUAUUUUAGUACAAGCGCUCGAGAUCGGUAUACGAAUAUGACUCUAGAAGAAAAAAAGGCUAAAUGCGAAUGCAACGGCGCAUUUGCUUGUGUACACAAAAUACCAUCUUGGAAGAUCUACUCAAACAGCAGAAUAAACAAUCCAUUGGCGGACAGGAUCAGCCUCUGGAAGGGCGAUAUUACUACUCUGAAAGUUGAUGCAAUAGUAAAUGCCGCCAACAAACAUCUCAAAGGUGGAGGCGGAGUUGAUGGGGCCAUUCACCGAGCUGCAGGGCCUUUGCUUCAUCAGGAAUGUCUUACACUGAAUGGAUGUAAAACCGGAUCAGCAAAGAUUACCGCCGGCUAUAAUCUUCCAAAAAUCGAGCAUUUUAUUGAUUUCACUUCAGAUAUCAUUCAUUGUGUUGGUCCUGUCGGUGAGAAUUCAGAUGCAUUGGCCUCCUGCUAUCAAAGUGCAUUCCAAUUAUGCAUGAAACACGGAUUAAAAACAGUAGCUUUUCCCUGCAUUUCCACUGGAAUAUAUGGUUAG